AUGAGAUUAUAUCUCAAUGAAAAACCUAGAACUUUUGUUAUCACCACCAGUACCCAUGCAUUGGUAAUAAGACAUCCUAACCCAACAUAUAAGCACCGAAGUUUACGUAAUUUUCUCCAUGGCCAUAAACACAAUAAAGAUAAUGGUAAAGAUUCAAGCAAAGUGCUAGUUGAGUUUGUGUUGAAAGAUUUUAUAAAUCUUAGUGCAUUUCGAGAUGUAACUCCCAAGAAUAGUAAAUUGAUUGGAUUUCUUGGUUUGCUUAGCUUGAAAAACAAAAUCUACUUGGGUUUUAUAACGAAUGACGAUUUUGUUGCGUCGCCUACAGCGGAUGAAAAAAUAUAUAGAAUCUUGGGUACUGAGUUUUAUUGCUUGAAUAAUGACGAGUAUGACUACCUACUAAAUAGGAACUAUGAAAGUCUGGGCCAUCUGGAAAGUGAAAGGGUGAAAUAUCCAGCAUCUUCAGUGAGAAAGCUUUUGUCAAGUGGAGCCUUUUACUACUCAAAACAAUUUGAUAUAACGUCAACUAUACAAGAGCGGGGAUUUGGAAGGACAGAUUUUCGACUCAUUGCAGACUCUGCAUAUUUUGAGCAGUUCCAUUGGAACAAAUUCAUGCUUGGAGAGUUACUAGAGUUUAGAAACAGACUUACGGCAUCUGAACAAAAGCAAAUUGACCAAUCGGGUUUCUUAACGAUUAUUGUACGUGGCUAUGCCAAGACAGUAAAUACUCAAAUAGGCGGGGAAGAGGCUAUGAUGACAUUAAUAUCAAAGCAAAGUUGCGCCAAAGAAGGACCACUAUUUGGCGACUGGGGCUGUGAUGGAAAUGGCUACGUAUCGAAUUACCUUGAAUCUGAAAUUGUUUUAUACACGGACAAGUUUUGUCUCUCAUAUGUUUUGAUACGAGGAAAUGCACCAAUGUAUUGGGAGCUCGAAAAUAGCUUUACAACAAAGGGGCUCUUGGCGGCAAAUGGUAAAAAGAUAUUAUUUCCCCGUUCAUUUGAGGCAUCGCAAGAGGCAUUUGUCAGACACAUUGAACGGAUUGCCAUACAGUUUGGAGAUGUUCAUAUAUUCAAUGAACUUUCCAAUAAAUCGUACAAGGGUGUGCUAAAUGCAUCGCUUGAAGAACAGAUCAAAUAUUUUGUCCAGCACCGAGAACAGUCAGCAUUGGAUUUUAGACUAUCGUAUACUCACCUUCCAAUCCCAGCAGCUAGGGUUAGAAAACUAUGGUACACUGCACAAAACCCGUAUGAUAUUGUUGCCACAUUUGCAAACUCAGCUGUUAAUUUUGGCGCGUUGUUUUAUGAAAACUCGUCAAACACUUUUAUUGGUAAACAAUUGGGUGUGUUUCGGAUUAAUUCAUUUGACAGUUUGAACAAGGCUAAUUUUUUGUCCAAGGUUAUUAGUCAAGAAGUGAUCAAAUUGGCAUUUCAGGAUAUUGGUAUCGAUCUUGAAAGGGAACUAUACACAAAGCAUGCCAAGUUGUGGGAGGAAAAUGACCGACAAAUUACCAAAAUGGUGAUGAAUUAUGUUUCCUAUAGUGACAAAUUAAAGACAAGUACACAAUCACACGCAUCAUCGGUAAAAACACACAUCAAAAAGAAUUAUUUAAAGGGGGUUGUGGAUACUACAAAGCCAAAUGAGCUAGCUUUAUUGAAGUUACUUGGUAGGUUGCAGGAUCAACAAGCCAUUACUUUACAUAAUCCACUUCAUGAUUACGUGGCACGAGAGUUAAGCUCGAGGCAAAAAGAGUUUACGUCACAGCUGCAGAUUUCGGUCUUUGCAUCGACAUUUAAUGUUAAUGGUACUGUAUAUGAGGGGGAUAUUGAUAGCUGGAUUUACCCUACUGAUGUCAAACAUGAUUUGGUUUUCCUUGGGCUACAAGAGAUUGUUGAGCUUAAACCGGGCCAAAUUGUCAAUACUGACCUUCGAAACAAGACUCAAUGGGAACGCAAGAUAUUGGGAUGUUUAUCGAAGCGAGAUAAAUAUAUGACCAUGUGGAGUGGCCAGCUUGGCGGUUUAGUGUUGUUGCUCUUUGUCAAGGAAUCGCAAGUCAAAUAUGUAUCCAAUGUGGAAUUCACGUUUAAGAAAACCGGUCUUGGGGGAGUUGCUGCCAAUAAGGGUGGGGUUGCCGUAAGCUUCAAGUAUUCCGAUACGUCGAUGUGUUUUGUUAGUUCUCAUUUUGCUGCUGGGCUCAGUAACGACGAAGAAAGACAUCACAAUUACAAGACACUUGUUAAGGGGAUGAAGUUUACCAAGAAUCGACGAAUUCCCGAUCAUGAUGUUGUGUUAUGGGUCGGUGACUUUAAUUAUAGAAUCAACCUUCCUAAUGACCAAGUAAAGCCGCUUAUUCUUCAAAAGAAAUGGGGCAAGUUACUCGAGUUUGAUCAGUUGAAUCAGCAGAUGGCUAGUGGGGAAUCGUUUCCUUUUUUUGCUGAGCAAGAGAUUCUGUUUCCACCUACAUACAAGUUCGAUAAUGGUACAAAGAUUUACGAUACAAGUGAAAAACAACGAGUGCCCGCAUGGACGGAUCGUAUAUUAUACAAGUCUCGACAAAAUGCAAUCAAGCCCAAUGGGUACAAUUGUGUGCAAAACAUUAUCUUUUCGGAUCAUCGUGCAGUCUAUGCAGUGUUUGAGGUCACCGUCAAGAUUGUCAAUUAUGCAAUAAAGAAGAGUAUAUCUAACCAAUUGUAUGAGUCGUACAAGCUCAAGCAUGGUGAGUUGCAAGAUAUAGCUUCCUUGUCUUUUGAUGUUGGUAAAAAGAUUAUUGACUAUGAUAAUGAUAAUCUACCACCACCAAGUACCGAUAAGGAGAAGUGGUGGCUCAAAGAUGGUAAACCAGCCAAAGUCACAAUUUCUGCAUUAAAUAGUGAACGCAAUGAUCUUGUUAUCAAUCCUUGGCAUCCAAUUAACCCGUUUGUGAGGACCAAUGAGCCAGAGUUUGUGCCACUCAAGGAAUUGCAAGGAAUGCUAACGUAG